AUGGCCGAAAGUGCAGUUCAAUUUCUGGAGAGACGCCGAAGUUCGGAGCAAAGCAUUGGCUCAUUACAACCAGAUUUAUAUCGCAGACGUGGAUCUGUUAUAACACAUCAAUCGAUGGCUGGUCAUGCUUCGGUGGCGCGAAUUCAGUUGAAAAUUUGCUAUGAUUUUGUGAAAUCUGAUUUUAUUAUUGCCCUUUUGCAAGUGAGUGAAAUUGAUGAUUUGGAAGAAUAUUAUUUUGUGAUAUCGAUAAACGAGUCGAAUCAACGAGAAACAUCUCGAAUGCGAGCCACAAGCCAAUUCAAUCCACAACUCUUCAAAUUCGCCAUCUGUCAUGAAGAUGUACUCGAUCAGAGUCUUACAGUGCAACUGUUUGGCUCGAAAAGAAUCGACAGACGUCUACCAUAUUUCAAAGCAUAUUUCAUCCUAUUCAUUGAAGGUUCACCAGCAAAUCUGAUCGGUUGUUCUACUAUAGAAUUAUCAUCAAUUGAUCCGUCUGAUGAUAUUUUCUUAUGGAUGACUAUUGAUGCGUAUGAAACGUUAACCAAUCUUGGUGAGAUUCUAAUUGGACUGCAAUAUCUAUCAUGUGCAGAACGCUUAACCGUGACAGUUUAUGAAGCAAGAGGACUUAAAUGCGAUUCCAUCCCAGAUGGUUGUGUGCGCGUGAAUCUACUUCAAGAAGGGAAGUUGCGUAAGAAACGGAAAACUGCAGUUCGGCGAGAUGAAUCACCGAGUUGGAAUGAAGCAUUCAGUUUCAAUGUACCGCACGGCAGCAUUGCAACGUAG